AUGCCGACGUUCAUCAUCAACACCAACGCGCUCGGCGACUCCGUCAACAACAGCGACUUCCUCGCGGAGGCUUCGGCGCUGGUCGCGAGCGAGCUCGGCAAGCCCGAGAGCUACGUGAUGGUGCACCUCAACACGAACCAGACGAUGUGCUUCGGCGGCACCGAAGCGCCCUGUGCAUUCUGCCGGAUAAUCUCGCUGGGGUCGAUAGGCGGGGACAAGAACAAGACCAUCUCCGCGGCGGUCUGCUCCCUCCUCGAACGCAAGCUGGGCGUGCCGCCGAACCGGACCUACAUCGAGUUCACCGACCCGAAGCGCAGCGACUUCGGGUUCAACAGCUCGACGUUCGGGUGA